AUGGUGAGCACUGACAAGAAUCAAAGUACUGCCAUCGUGUUCAUCCUCUUAGGAUUCUCCGAGUAUCCAGAGAUUGAGGUGCCCCUUUUUCUACUGUUUCUCAUCAUCUAUGUAGUCUCUGUUUUGGGGAAUGUGGGCAUGAUUGUGAUCAUCAGGAUCAACCCCAAACUCCACACCCCCAUGUACUUUUUCCUCAAGCACUUGUCCUUUGUGGAUUUCUGUUACACCACUAUUGCUACACCAAAACUGCUAGAAAACUUAAUUGUGGAAGACAGAAGUGUCUCCAUCAAACUCUGUGUCACACAGUUUCACUUUGGGUCUACCUGUGUGAUAACAGAGAUGGUCAUGUUGGCUGUGAUGGCCUAUGAUCGCUUUGUUGCUAUAUGUUAUCCUUUAAUCUAUACCAUUGUCAUAUCCCCAAAACGCUGUGCCCUGCUAGUGACUGUGGCAUAUGCAAGUGGCAUAAUUUCAACUAGUAUACUCACCUACUCAAUUUUUAUAUUGUCAUUUUGUGAGACCAAAAUAAUCAAUAACUUUUUAUGUGAAUAUUCUGUCUUCCUUGAUGCUUCCUGCUCUGAUAUACACUUCAGUGAGACAAUACUUUUUGUCAUUGCAAAUCUCAGUGCAUUUUGUACUCUCAUCAUCAUUCUUACAUCCUACCUUUUUAUUUUUAUCACUAUCCUCAAAAUGCAUUCAGCCAGUGGAAGGAACAAAGCUUUCUCCACUUGUGGCUCCCACAUGACAGCUGUCACCAUAUUUUAUGGGAGCAUCUUCUUUCUCUAUUGUAUUCCCAGUUUCCAGUCCUCAAAACUUGUUGUCAAAGUGGGAUCUGUUUUUUAUACUGUGGUGAUUCCUAUGCUAAAUCCCUUAAUAUACAGUCUACGGAACAAAGAUGUGAUUGAAACCUUCAAGAAAUUAAUGCAUUUCAAAGUCAUUUCUCAGUAA